UUCCUAUGUUUGUAUUUGAUUUUUCAUUCUCUAAGAAUAUACAUAAAUGCUAUGACCAUGGGUCAAACAAAAGUGAUGUAGUUAGGGUGGUGCCCCUGUCUCCGCCCUCCUCUGUCUCUCCGCCCUUGGAGAGAUUUCAAAAAAUUGCAACAAGUUGGACAAAGGCAUGGCGAAAGGACCGGAAAUCGGUGUUGCGCUCCAUCAAAAUUGUGUUUUGUCUUCGCCGUGACAACACUUGUAUAAAGAUCGGCUGGGUUUCUCCGUAGUGUUCCCACUAUCACCUCAUCUAACUGGACAGUCAGCAUCGUCUUGUCUCUUAGACACGCAAACAGUUGAGUACCUUUGGGGAAGCCCAGCCCCCGAGUGGCCACCAUGGGGGACGAUAGCGAGUGGAUGAAGCUUUCCAUUGACCAGAAAUGUGAACACAAGGUGUGGAAAGCCCGUCUGAAUGGUUAUGAAGAGGCUCUGAAGUUGUUCCAGAGGAUAGAGGAUGAGAAGAGUCCAGAGUGGGGGAAGUAUCUCGGACUAAUAAAGAAGUUUGUCACGGACUCGAAUGCUGUGGCUCAGCUGAAAGGCCUGGAGGCAGCCCUGGCCUUCAUUGAGAAUGCCCAUGUAGCUGGCAAGACGACAGGUGAGGUGGUGUCUGGCGUGGUGACCAAAGUUUUCAACCAGCCAAAGGCUAGAGCCAAGGAGCUAGGUACAGACAUCUGUCUGAUGUACAUCGAGAUCGAGAAAGCUGAGGUGGUUCAAGAUGAGCUCCUUAAAGGACUGGACAACAAGAACCCCAAGAUAGUGGUGGCCUGCAUCGAGGCACUCAGGAAGGCUCUCAGUGAGUUUGGAUCUAAGAUCGUAACAUUGAAGCCCGUAGUGAAGAUUUUAUCCAAGCAGUUUGAGUCCAGAGAGAAGGCGGUGAGAGACGAAGCUAAGCUUCUUGCUGUUGAGAUCUACAAAUGGAUCAGAGAUGCUCUGAGACCUCCACUGCAAAACAUUAACUCUGUACAGCUGAAGGAACUAGAAGAGGAGUGGGUGAAGCUGCCUUUGUCUCCUCCCAAGCAAACCCGGUUCCUGCGCUCACAGCAGGACCUGAAGGCAAAGUUUGAACAGCAACAAGCCCAAGGAGGAGAACAGUCUGAUGGAGAGGAUGAGACUGAUACAGUGGCAGCAGUGGAUGCUUAUGAACUGCUGGAAGCUGUGGAGAUUCUGUCCAAGAUGCCCAAAGACUUCUAUGAGAAAAUAGAAGCUAAAAAGUGGCAGGAGCGGAAGGAAGCUCUGGAGGCUGUAGAGGCACUGACCAAGAAUCCUAAACUAGAGAAUGGAGACUACGGUGACCUUGUCAGAGCACUGAAGAAGGUUGUGGGGAAAGAUGCCAAUGUGAUGUUGGUGUCAGUGGCAGCUAAAUGUCUGGCUGGGCUGGCCACCGGUCUCAGGAAGAAGUUUGGAACAUAUGCAGGACAAGUGGUUCCAACUAUUCUGGAGAAGUUUAAGGAGAAGAAGCCUCAGGUUGUCCAGGCCCUGCAGGAGGCUAUUGAUGCUAUCUUCCUCACUACCACUCUGCAGAACCUGUCAGAGGACAUUCUGGCUGUGAUGGACAAUAAGAACCCUUCUAUUAAGCAGCAGGCUUCUCUGUUUUUGGCUCGUUCCUUCAGACACUGUACACAGACCACACUGCCAAAGAGCGUCCUCAAACCUCUCUGCGCUGCUCUCAUUAAGCAAGUAAAUGACUCCGCUCCAGAGGUACGUGAUGCUGCCUUUGAAGCUUUGGGGACAGCCAUGAAAGUAGUGGGAGAGAAGGCUGUGAACACUUUCCUGGCUGACUUGGAUAAACUCAAACUGGAUAAGAUAAAGGAGUGUGCUGACAAAGUGGAGCUUCCUGGAGGCAAAAAAGGUGGUGGUGGUAAAGGGGUGGACAAGAAGCCAGCAGCUAAAGCUCCUCCUGCUGCUGAAGCACCACACAAAUCCUCUGUCCCACCCAGGAAGACCCAGUCUGCUGGCAGCAAGCCUUCAGCAGGUCCAUCUAAGAAAGGCAAACCAACAUCUGCUGCUGGUGGAAAAAGCAAGAAGAACCUGGACAGUAAAGAAAUCACAGAGAGUGAACUGUCUGCUGAGGUGAGUGAGGAGUUGGCAGCAGGUGUACUUCCUACCUCCUGUAUUCAGCAGCUGGACUCAGCCAACUGGAAGGAGAGACUGGCUAGUAUGGAGGAGUUCCAGAGGGCUGUUGAGACCAUGGACACAGCUGUGAUGCCCUGCCAGGCCCUAGUCCGGAUGUUGGCCAAAAAACCAGGCUGGAAGGAGACCAACUUCCAGGUGAUGCAGAUGAAGCUGCACAUCGUGGCUCUUAUAUGUAGAAGAGGACAGUUUUCAAAGACAUCGGCCUCUGUGGUUUUGGAUGGCUUGGUGGAUAAGGUCGGAGAUGUUAAGUGUGGUGGAAACGCCAAAGAGGGACUGACUGCUAUCGGAGAGGCCUGCUCCCUGCCAUGGACUGCAGAGCAGGUUGUGUCAAUGGCAUUUGCACAAAAGAACCCCAAAAACCAGGCAGAGACACUCAACUGGCUGGCCAAUGCCAUGAAGGAGUUUGGCUUUGCUGGUAUCAAUGUGAAGGGUUUCAUCAACAAUGUGAAGACUGCUCUGGGAGCGACUAAUCCUGCUGUUCGGACAGCUGCCAUCACCCUGCUGGGAGUCAUGUACCUCUACAUGGGAGCUCCGCUGCGCAUGUUCUUUGAAGACGAGAAGCCUGCACUCCUCUCACAGAUAGAUGCUGAGUUUGAGAAGAUGCAGGGUCAGUCUCCACCAGCUCCAAUCCGAUUUACCAAGAAGGCCACAGCGGCGGAGGAGGAGGGGGAUGAAGGAGAGGAGCAGGAGGAAGAUGGUGGAGGACAGGAUAUCAUGGACCUACUGCCCAGAACAGAGAUCAGUGACAAGAUCACAUCCAAUCUGGUGUCUAAAAUUGAGGACAAGAACUGGAAGAUCAGGAAGGAGGGUCUGGAUGAGACUGCUGCAAUCAUCUCAGAGGCCAAGUUUAUCACAGCCAACAUCGGCAGCGAGCUUCCAUUGGCCCUGAAAGGACGACUUGGGGAUUCCAACAAGAUCCUGGUCCAGCAGACCCUGACCAUCCUGCAGCAGCUGGCUACAGCCAUGGGUCCUGGACUCAAACACCAUGUUAAAGCACUAGGAAUCCCUAUUAUCACUGUACUUGGAGACAGCAAGCUUAAUGUAAGGACGGCUGCCAUGACCACCUUGCAGGCCUGGGUGGAGCAGACCGGGAUGAAGGAAUGGCUGGAGGGAGAAGACCUAUCAGAGGAACUGAAGAGAGAGAAUCCCUUCCUACGACAGGAGGUGCUAGGUUGGUUAGCAGAGAAACUACCAAACAUGAGAACAGUACCUGGUGAUCUGAUGCUGUGUGUCCCUCAUCUCUACACCUGUCUGGAGGACAGAAAUGGAGACGUGAGAAAGAAAGCUCAGGAAGCCCUGCCCACCUUCAUGAUGCACCUAGGCUACGACAAGAUGACCAAGGCUACAGGGAAACUCAAACCGUCCUCCAAGGAUCAGGUGUUAGCCAUGUUGGAAAAGGCCAGGGCAGUGAUGCCUGCUAAACCCGCUGCUCCUGCCAAGGCUGGAGGCGGGAAAAGUUCUUCAGAGCCAAGCAGAAGUGCUUCAGCCUCCAGGUCCCAGCCAGCCAGUGAGGAAGUUGAUGGUAAACCUGAAGUGAAGAAGGUCAGAGGAGGAGUGGCUGCUAAGAAGCCUCCCUCUCCUCCUGAGGAACCUGCCCCUCCCCCUUCCUCCAAGGACAAGGACAGUAAUGCUAAUAAAAAGCCCCAGAGCAAAGGGAAGGCUGCUGCUGGCAGUCAACAGGGUGCAGCUGGUAAGAAGCCUGCAGCCAAAAGCCAGAAGGAUGAGGAAGAUAGGUCUGGGCCAAUCUUUAUCUUCAUCCCCAAUGCUAAGGAGCAGAGGAUCAAAGAGGAGAAGCAGCUGAAGAUUUUGAAAUGGAACUUCAUCACUCCUCGAGAUGAGUAUGUGGAGCAGCUGAAAACUCAGAUGUCCACCUGCUUUGCAAAGUGGCUGCAGGACGAGCUCUUUCACUUUGACUUCCAGAGACACGUCAAGGCCAUCGGAGUCAUGAUUGAGAGGUUGGAGAGUGAGAGCGAAGCCACCAUCUCCUGUCUGGACCUGAUUCUGAAGUGGUUCACCUUGCGGUUCUUUGACACCAACACCACAGUCCUGAUGAAGGUCUUGGAGUACCUAAAAUUGUUGUUUGCCAUGCUGAACAGGGAGAACUAUCACCUGACUGAAUACGAGGCCAACUCCUUCGCCCCUUACCUCAUACUAAAGGUUGGAGAGUCAAAGGAUGUAGUUCGCAAAGAUGUUCGGGCCAUACUGGCCAUGCUGUGUAAGGUUUACCCAGCAUCCAAGGUCUUCCCUUUCCUCAUGGAUGGAACCAAGUCCAAGAACUCUAAACAGAGAGCUGAAUGUCUGGAGGAGUUGGGUUGUCUCAUAGAAGGCUAUGGGAUGAAUGUUUGCCAACCGACUCCAGCCAAGUCCCUGAAGGAGAUUGCGGUUCACAUAGGCGACAGAGACACAUCUGUCCGCAAUGCUGCCCUGAACACUGUUGUCGCUGUCUACAAUGUCUGUGGGGACCAAGUCUACAAACUAAUUGGAAACUUAUCAGAGAAAGACAUGAGCAUGCUGGAAGAGAGAAUCAAGCGUUCUGCCAAGAAGACUCCUCCAGCUCCUGCCAAGCAGAGUGUGCCAGAGAGGUCUCAAAGAGAGCCCCCAGCUAACCCUAAUGCCACUUUCCUCCGCAAGCCUUCACAAGAAGACCCCAACAAACUCAAUCAAGCCCGUCAGAACGCCCAGCACACAGAGUCCUCCCACCCUUCCAUCCCCAAGGAGUUCCAGUUAGACCUGGACAUGAUUGAAAUGGACCAGAGCAGGGUGUGUGAGCUGCCGGACCUCGUCCAACACAAGCUGGAUGAGCUGCUGGAGCCCAUCAUGAUCCCUGAACCCAAGAUGCGAGCUGUAUCUCCACACUUUGAUGACCUCCACAAUAGCACCGCCUCGACCAUCAAUUUUGUCAUCUCUCAGGUGGCCAGCGGUGACAUCAACACCAGCAUACAGGCACUGGCACAGAUCGAUGAGGUGUUGCGGCAGGAAGACAAAGCAGAAGUCAUGUCAGGACACAUUGAUCAGUUCCUCAUCGCUACCUUCAUGCAGCUGAGGCUCAUCUACAGCACGCACAUGGCUGAUGACCGACUGGACAAGAAGGACAUCAUCAAACUGUACAGCUGCAUCAUAGGAAACAUGUUAUCUUUGUUCUCUAUGGAGUCCCUGGCUAGAGAGGCGUCUAUGGGUGUGUUGAAGGACCUUAUGCAUGGUCUGAUAACACUGAUGCUGGACGGCAGAGUGGAGGACAUUGAGGAUGGACAGCAGGUCAUCCGAUCAGUAAACCUGCUGGUCAUAAGAGUUCUGGAGAAGUCUGAUCAGACCAACAUGAUAAGUGCUCUGUUGGUUCUUCUUCAGGACAGUUUGGUCACAACAGCUGGUCCCCCAAUGUUCUCUGAACUGGUCAUGAAGUGUCUGUGGAGGAUGAUCCGCUUCCUCCCAGAGACAAUCAACAGUAUCAAUCUGGAUCGGAUCUUACUGGAUGUCCACAACUUCAUGAAGGUUUUCCCCAAAGAGAAGCUCAAGCAGCUAAAGAGUGACGUCCCUCACAGAACCCUCAAGACUCUGUUGCACACACUCUGCAAGCUUACUGGGGCCAAGAUCCUGGACCACCUAUCAAUGAUAGAGAAUCGUAAUGAGUCAGAGUUGGAGGCCCAUCUUAGGCGGGUAGUUAAACACUCUGGAAACCUGUCAGGACUUAAGAGCGACCGCGGCAACGAGAAGACUGGUCUGCGCACAGAGGAUCGGAUGUCAAAGGCUAAGGUCAGUGACAUUCUGUCUGAAAUCUUCAAGAAGAUCGGCUCCAAGGAGAACACUAAAGAGGGUUUGACUGAGUUGUACGAGUACAAACAGAAGUACUCUGAUGCAGACCUGGAGCCCUUCCUCAAAAACACAUCGCAGUUCUUCCAGAGCUACGUGGAGCGAGGCCUUCGUGUCAUAGAGUCCGAGAGGGAGGGCAAGGCUCGUAUCCAGACCUCAGCAGUGAUCCCUCAGCAUGGCGUGGACUCCAGUCUGAGCAGUAACAAUGAAGAGCUGAAACCAGCUGUUUACUACGAGAGACUCAAGAUCCUCAGACAGAGACAAGGCCUGGAAAACACCUCCAGACAGGGUGUCAUAGGAAGCGAGGAUGAGCCUCAACAGCGACCUCCCAUCUCCUCCCUGCUGUCCUCAAAGCCAUCUGUGGCCUCCUCCACCGAUAUGCUCCACAGUAAGCUGUCUCAGCUCAAAGAGUCCAGAGAGCUGUACCAGCAGGAACACACCCACUCUCCAACGCAUGCACAUACCCGCUCAGCUUCCCCGGCGGCCAACCUGGACGACCUGAAGAAACGUCUGGAGAGGAUAAAGAGCAACCGGCAGUAAGGAGCUCCGCAGCACCACCUCAUGUCAUCCGCAAAACCUGUGGAGCCCAGCUGGUAGAAAAUACAACCUCCUCCUUUUCAACUCCUCUGUGUUCCUUUUUCGUGUUCUAGAUGGAAGUAGAAAGCACCUUGACACUAAAAUCCAACCCUCUGUAACAACAAACCAGGUAGCAACAGACAAUUACAUCCACAAGUUUGAACCUGACUCCACCCACUGUGCCUGUAAGUUAUUAGAAAUCAAAUACACCCUAAUCUGAUUGUAGUGGAAUACAUUCAGAUUGAACUAAGGCUGUGACUGGGAUUUUUAGCCUUCACACACACACACGCGCACACACACACACACACACACACACACACACACACACACACACACACACACACAAAGUGUUUUAGCUUCUAUUCCAGCUUCUUCUUCUAGCUCUUAUAUUUAGGCUUCUAGUCUUUUUGUUUUCAAGUGUCGACCAUCAGGGCAGAAAAAGCCAGAGUCUCAGAGUGAGUUUUGAUGUUAUGUGUACAGGAUCACGAAAUUGUCAGUCUGUACAGUUUCAUCUUGAUGACUGUCACUGUAUCCUGCCCUCUUCCUGUCCUGUCCCUGUCUAACGUUUUUGGGUGCCCCCCAUUCAAUGUACACCUCAUACUGUAUUAUAAUACUGAAAUAAUGAACUUACCCUUCUCUUCUCUGUUUAAGUAUCACAGCACAAAGAUGUUUGUACAUAUUUAAAGCUUGUUAAAGCCACUUAACUGUUAUGGAGCGCUUCUCAUGUGGUUGGGGGGGAGUAAAGAAAUGUUGCUGUUUUCUACUACUGCUGAGUUUGGAUGGAGAAACACUGCUUUAAAGGAGCUGAUUUCAGAUUUGUUGCUUUGUAAAUGCAGCAUCUGACUGCCCCCUUGUGGCUGAACACUGUCCUCAUAUCAGUAUGUAGUUCUCAGAUUUCAGCUGAAGUCCUGUUUGCAAUGGGGGCAUCUGGAGAUUUGUGAUAAUUUGCCUAAAGUUGACACAUUAUUAUCAGAACAAUAAAAAAAAAAACAAAUAAGUUACAAGGCUAACAGUUGAUGUGUAAAUGGGGCUUGAUGCUCCAGCACUUACUUUAGUCAAUUAAGUGUCUGAUUUCUGCCCAUUUCAAAUAUUUAUGCUGCAACAGUAUAAGCAGUGCUGCAUUUCCACAGCAACAUCAAAUCCUCUGUUUGUUUGUUUUUCACCUUUUUGAUGGGGUUCAAACUGACAGGGCCCUAAAAGCCACAGCUGUAUGCCCAUAUUGAAGGAUUCUUUUUGUGUCUGUUUUUAACAGGGGGUUUGGUAAAGGUUCUGUAGAAGAAUCUGUCCUGUUUUAUUUUGAAAGUAUUUGGUGGCCUUCUGCUAAGCUUUUGUUUCAUAUGUCAGUGGUCUUAAAUCCUUCCUUGAAAGUGAUCAGCUGUAGUGUCUGUCUUUAAAACCUGCAGACUUCAGGUGGGACAAGGUUAAAAAGUAGUGCUUUUAUUCUGGAGAAGUGUCACAAUUUGGUGCACCCUGAUGCCGCUUUUCAACCUAUCGGGACUGAGAAUUUGUCCCUAGCUGAAGCUGGGACCAAGCGGUGCUACGUACAGGUGUGUUGUAGUGGUGUGAUGGAUUGUGCUUUGAGUUGACAUUUUGCUGUAAAUACUGUAUGUAAUGUCUUCGAUUAACAGCCUCCCUCAGUUAUUUAACAGCAGCCACUCAGUUGUGUUUGUAGGCUUGAAGAGCAUGGCAUGAAGUCUGAUUGUUUUUAUUUUCUCAUGUAAAUAAAGUUCACAUUAAUAAAAGCACUGUUUUAAUCAA